GCCGCUAGUGGUCUACUUUGUUUGUUUAUCAUAAUGAGUUCACCCUCACCUGAACAGCAGCCUCUUCUAGCAUCGUCGGAGGAUAAUAACAACAAUAGUAAUGCUAAUCCUGAGUCGGCAAAUCAAGAGGAGGAUGCAGAAAUGAAGGCUCUCAUGGAAGACUUGAACAACAUGAGUACUGAGGGCAUCCAGCAACGGGCCCGGCUCAUACAAAAUGAUAUACGAGUUUACAAGUCAGAAGUUCAACGUUUAACACAUGAGCUAAACUCCAUUAAGGAGAAGAUGAAGGACAAUCAGGAGAAAAUAAACCUCAAUCGGCAAUUGCCCCAUUUGGUUGGUAGUGUUGCGGAGAUCUUACCUGCAGAUGAGGAUGAGGCAGAUCUCCCAGAAGAAGGAUCUGCAAUAAGCACUCUCCAACGGAGAGAGAAAAAGGAAAAGAAGUCUAUGGUAGUCAAGACGACUACAAGGCAGACCAUCUAUCUACCCAUCAUUGGUCUUGUUCCAGUGGAAGAGCUGAAGCCUAACGACCUGGUGGGGCUCAACAAGGAUUCCUAUCUUGUCUUGGAUAAGCUGCCUCAAGACUUUGAUUCUAGGGUCAAGGCAAUGGAAGUUGAUGAAAGGCCUACUGAUCAGUAUUCUGAUAUCGGAGGUUGUGAUAAACAAAUUCAAGAGAUGAUAGAGGCUAUUGUGCUCCCAAUGACCCAUAAAGAGAGGUUUGAUAAGAUAGGUAUAUCCCCACCAAAGGGGCUCUUGCUCUACGGCCCUCCUGGGACAGGUAAGACUAUGAUGGCUAGAUCAUGUGCUGCUGCGACUAAUGCUACUUUCCUCAAACUAGCUGGACCGCAGUUGGUCCAAAUGUUCAUUGGUGAUGGUUCCAAGAUGGUCCGUGAUGCAUUUAAUUUAGCCAAGGAGAAGGCCCCUGCUAUCAUCUUCAUUGAUGAGUUGGAUGCCAUUGGAAUGAAGCGAUCAGCUGGUGGUGAGUUGUCUGGGGUAAGAGAGGUCCAGAGGACUAUGUUGGAGUUGCUUAAUCAAUUGGAUGGAUUCAGUAGUGAUGAUCGCGUUAAGGUUAUUGCCGCAACCAACAGAGCUGAUAUGCUGGACCCUGCUCUAUUGAGAAGCGGUAGAUUGGAUAGGAAGGUCGAGCUACCUCUGCCCAAUGAGGAUGCUAGGAAACGGAUCCUUCAAAUACACUCUCGUAAAAUGAAUGUGAACAAGGAAGACGUGAACUUCGAUGAGCUGGCUCGGUGUACAGAUGAUUUCAAUGGUGCACAGCUGAAGGCAGUUUGUGUUGAGGCUGGUAUGGAAGCACUCAGACGUGGGGCUACUGAACUCCAACAUGAGGACUUUAUGCAAGGUAUAGCAGCAGUACAGGCUAAGAAGAAGACUAGUCUCAACUAUUAUGCUUGAGUACUGCUACUCUCGUCCUCUGUGUGUUGUAUGUCUGCGCUACCUCUACCGUACUCCAUCGCAGCAACCCUU